AUGGGUUUAUACAAGCAAGAUGAAUUUCAAGAAUUUUAUCUGACUUUACAACAUAUCUUUGAAGAAACUUCACUUAGUGUUUUAUCAACAACUGAUUUAUUGCAAGAAAGACUUGCAUUCAUAACGGGUAGUACAAGUCAUAAUUGUCCAAUUCUUACAUUUCCUGAUAAUUCUCAAAUUGAAUUAACACAAGAAAAAUAUAAAAAACUUAUUUCUUAUUUAACACAAGUACCAAGCGAAAACGAACGUCAAUAUGGUUUUGUUAUUAUUAUUGAUCGACGAUUGAAUACAUGGAAUGCUGUUAAAUCUAUUAUUAGUUAUAUAGAGGAUUAUUUUCCAUAUUCAAUUCAAUGUAUAUAUCUCCUUCAACCAAAUUCAUGGAUGCAACGAGCUUUAUCUCAUUUAACAAUUUUAAAUGAUAUAACUUGUUCAUAUCGUUUAAUUAUUUGUCGAACAUUAUCUGAACUUCAUGACUAUUUAGAUGUAAGUCAAUUAUCAAAAGAUUUAGGUGGUUUAAUUAAUUUUCGUUUAUUUGAAUGGAUUGAACAAAGAGUGACUAUUGAAAAAUUAACUCAAUCAAUACAUGAAUUAAAUGAAAUAUUACUUGUAUUUAUAAAAGAAUGUUAUGAAAUUGAAUUUCCUAAUACUGUUGAAUCAAUACAAAAAAUACUUAAUCAACAUUUAAAACAAAAAAUUGAAUUCGAUCAAGAAUUACAACGUAUUAAAACGUGGGGUCAUUCACUAUUAUGUAUUAUUCACCAAGAGCAUAAACAGUCUUCAACAUCUCAUAAUAAUACAAUUGACAAGAAUAAUGAUAUACAACAUCUUGUUCUAUCAUCAGAUCAAUCAGCACAUGCUCGUGCUUGUAUAACUGCUUUGAUACAUAUUGAUCGUAUCGAAUCUAUUCUUUCACAAUUUUGGUCUAUACAUAAUAUACGUUUAAAUCAUUGUCUUGCAUUACGUCAUUUUGAACAACGUUUUAAAGAGAUACAAACUAUUUUUAUACAAUUAUACAAUGAAGUCAAUGAGUUGUCUGACCUAGAUACAAGUUUACUUCUAUUUGAUUAUUGUCAAUCUGAUAAUAAAAAUAAUAAUCGUAAAGAAGAAAUUGAUCAAACAUUAAUUCAACUUGAUGCCCUUUCACAACGAGCACAAAUGAUGAUCAGUCAUGCUACUCAAUUGACAAAUGAUGGCCUUGCUUUGAUUAUGGAACAACAGAAACAACAAACAAUAUCCUAUGGUAAUGAUUCCAUUGAACCGAAAUGUCAAGAAUUAGAAGAAAUGAAAAAAAAAUUAAUUGAACAAAUUGAUGAAAAACGACAUAAUUUAAAAUUAUUAAAAAUAUAUAUUGAUAAACUUGGAUCUAUAAAUGAUUGGUGUAUACGUGGUAAAGAUAUGUUAGCAAUGCAGUCAAUUCAUUUAUCGAAUGAUAAAGCUAGUCGAUCUCUAAGUGAACUUGAACGUUUCUUGACUGAUUUAUCGAUAAUGAAUAUCGAAGAAUUACAAUAUACAUCAACACCCGAACCACUUCGUGUAAGAUAA